AUGGAAAAGAAAAAUCUAAAAGGAAAUGACGUUCUUAAGGAGUUAGGCGUACAGCUCGAACGCUGUGAUACCCAAAGAAAGGAGGAUGGCCCUUUGACAUCAACCACAGUAGGGAGUUUAGAGGAGGUAGGCGGUAUAUCCGCGUCAGAUUCUGGCUCUGAAAUGAGCCUGGAAUUGGAAAAAAGCGUAGCUAGCAACGCUAGCUUCGCCAGUAUGGGUAGCGGAGAGGCCCAGAGAGUGCGCAAGAAGCGCACUCGCGCCUCGGAUGCAGACGCCGAAGCAGAUGAUCAUCCGGAAUCUUCGGCGUUCAAAAGGAGAGGCACCCCUGUGCCUAAAAGGGGUAGAGGCCGCCCGCCCAAUAGUGGGCAGUAUUUGGGGCUGGCGAAAGGGAAGCGGGAGCUCAUGGAAGCCAGGAGGGCAGAGAUGGAGCUCCAGGCGGAGAAGGAGGUUCCAGAGCUGAUCCAAAGGCGCCGGCUCGAUAGAGCAUUGCGCCCCGCUGGCUUUGACGACGUAGUCGACUCUCGCCUUUCUUCGACCCUGCUUGAGAGGGUCGAUGAUGGCAUUAAAGUCAUCACCAAAGUCGCUACGAAAUCAAAGAACCUGAAGGGCACUUUUGUAAAAGCCCUUAAGGAAGCGGCUGAGAUGAUCCGGGAGGCGGUGAACGGUCUACAGAGCAUAUCAUCGACUGAUGAAACCCGCCGCCUCCAGGCCGACAACAAACGGCUGCGGGACGAGGUGGCGACGCUCCAAAAGGAGGUUGCUAGCAUGCGUCUCAGUAUAGAGAAGGCGGCUCGCCCAGCCCAGGAACGGACGCCGGCACCAACACUGCAGGCUGAGCAUAUCGCGCGUGAUGUACUAUCCCAAGUAGGGACGAUGAUCAGCGCGCGAUUCGAGGCUCUCGAGGAGCGCUUGCUCCCGGAGAAGCGCCUGAGGCCGCCUUUGGCUGCGGAUAGGCGUAGCGCCGAACCUGGGCCUUCAUCGGCACCAGAUCCCACCCCUACCUCUCUGGGAGAGACGUGGAGUGCAGUGGUACGGAAGGGAAAGGGGAAGGGAAAGAAGACAGCGCCCGCGCUUGACGUGCAGAUGUCGGCUUCCAUCUCCGCCAAGCCAAAGAAGUCUGUGGCUAAGCCCGUCGCGACGCCUAAGCCACCUACGGCCGCCGUGAAAUCUAUUACGGUGCCGAGGCCCCCAUUGGUCGCAACGGGAUCCGCUGCGGUGCCCAAGUCCGGGUCUGCGAUGCCUGCAUGGUCCGCGUGCGGCAAAGACCUCAAAAGAGGCAGGUGUACUGGUGGUCACCUGACAUUGCGGAUCUUCGGCGACGCUGUGUCGCCGCCCGCCGGAAGUUCCAACGACAGCGGCGGCGGCGGCCUCGGAAUGAGGAAC